AUGAGCAGCAACACUUCAGAGGAUAACUUUGAGUGGGUAGAGACGCCGCCGGCGCCCUCGCCCACGACGCCCGCGUUCGACUGCGGCGUCAAGACGACUGCGUAUCCCACGAUUGCGAACGCCCCUCUCCCUGCAGAAGGCUCGGGCCGUGAUUCGUUCAACAACUACGUGCUCAUCACGCUGCUCACGGGCAUCCCCGGCUACAUCACAUGGAGCUGGGGCAUGGGCUUCAAGACAUGGCUCUUCCUCGCCAUUGUCUUGUUCCUGCCCAUCCUCGGCCCCUUCUGGUGGCUCACGUCUGAAUUUGCUCCCCGCAAGAACGAAAAGGCCAAGCUUCCCGGCAAGCCCAUCGAGCACUACCUCAAGUUCAACAAGCCCGAAGACCGCGACGCGUACUACGGCAAGAAGCAGAUUCCCAUUGAGACGUUCCAGGAGAAGUAUUUUGAUGGCGAAGUUGAGAUCAAUGGCGACAUGCUCGAGACGCUCGAAUGGCGCCACGACUGGUCCAAGCCCCGCUUCACCCUCGGACUGAUCAAGCACUUCCUCCUUGCCAUGAUCCCAGAGAUGAUUGUCCACUCCAAGUCUCAAGACGAAGAACAGGUUCGCGACCACUACGACCGCGGCGAUGACUUUUACGGCUGGUUCCUCGGUCCCCGCAUGAUCUACACUUCUGGUAUAAUCUCCGACAUCAACACCGAGGAGAGCUUGGAACAACUGCAGGACAACAAAAUGGCAGUCGUCUGUGAGAAGAUUGACCUUCAAGAGGGUGAAAAGAUGCUCGACAUUGGCUGCGGCUGGGGCACGCUUGCAAGGUUCGCUUCGGUGAACUACGGCGCGAACGUCACCGGUAUCACGCUUGGUCGCAACCAGACUGCCUGGGGCAACAACGGCCUCAGGAAAGCUGGCAUUGAGGCGGACCAGUCCAACAUUCUCUGCAUGGACUACCGCGAGAUUCCUGUUCCUUCUGGUGGCUACAACAAGAUCACUUGCCUGGAGAUGGCUGAGCACGUCGGUGUUCGUCACUUGGGAGGUUUCUUCCGUCAGGUCUACGACAUGCUCGACGACGAUGGUGUCUUCUUCCUCCAGAUUGCCGGUCUCCGUAAGGCCUGGCAAUUCGAGGACUUCACCUGGGGUCUCUUUAUGAACAAGUACAUUUUCCCUGGUGCCGAUGCCUCCACUCCGCUCGGUUUCGUCGUUGACACCCUUGAGGGUGCCGGUUUUGAAGUCAAGAUGGUCGACACUAUUGGUGUGCAUUACUCUGCUACUCUCUGGAGGUGGUACCGUAACUGGCUUGCCAACAAGGACAAGGUUGUUGCCAAGUACGGCAUCCGUUGGUUCAAGAUCUGGGAGUACUUCCUCGCCUAUUCCACCAUCACUUCUCGCCAGGGCAGCGCUACUUGCUUCCAAAUCACCUGUGUCAAGAACCUCAACGCUGUUCACCGCAUUGACGGCAUCAAGACUCAGUUCAGUCUCGCUGGUGCCCUCGCUGCUAGCAAGGCGAAGCUUGCUUCCAAGGCCCAAUAGAGGCGCUUUACCGCAACGUUCCACGCCGUGUUGUUUCAACAUAUUUUACUCUGGAUCAGGAAUCGAGGGUGGAAGAGACACCGCCGUACACAAGGACGAACCAUAUCACAGAAUACAGGGCACUGUGAACACAAGUCAUGGGUCUGGUUUCGGUCUCAAAGUGACCGUGCCAGACAGCUGCUGCCGGUCAAAGGAAAAGGCUUUGGCCCCCAACCAGUCCUCAUGGGCAAAUAAUCCAUCGGUAAAUAUGAUAACGUAGCAUACAUAAUGACUCGAUCUAGCAUGUAGAAACAAUCAAACGCUACGCAUUUGAAC